AACUAACAGUGAAGAUGGGUCACAUGCCAUGUGACCAAACAGCUGUCUCCACACCCCCCAAAUAUACUACUUCUACUCCCCCUCUCUCUCUCUCUCUCUCUCUCUCCUCAACCCAAUCUCACUUUCUCUCUCUACACAUUUUCCAUCCCCAACUAGAAUGAUGAAAGCAGCUAAUCACUUGUUCAUAAUCUCCUGAAAAAAUAAACAUAUAUAAGAAGACGUUAUCUUACAUCUCAACAACUCAACAUCAUCAUCUUCUUCAUCAUCAUGAAAGUUUUUUCUCUUUGCUUUAACGAUUUUAUUGUCUGUCUCGCUUUGCUUCCGUGUAUACUCGAUGCUGCUGAUACCGAACAGCUCUUCUCCUUCAAAUCCUCGUUAAAAAACCCUAAUCUAUUAGCAAACUGGGUUUCCAGCAACAGUUUUUGCAACUACACAGGCAUCUCUUGCAGAAACUCUAGGGUUUCUGCUAUAGAUCUGACCGGUAUUGACUUGAGCGUUGAGUUCAGUUCGAUUUCGUCGAGUUUGUUGACGAUUCCGACUCUCGAGUCGUUCGUUGCGAAAAACUGCAAUGUUACCGGAACGGUUUCCGUUAGAUCUCAGUGUAGUAAAGUGCUGACAGUUCUAGAUCUGGCCGGAAACCGGAUCUUCGGUUCGGUUGCGGAUGUUUCUGUGUUAGCUGCUUGUUCAAGUGUGAGUUCGGUGAACUUUUCGAGGAAUUUGUUGGAGUUUAAUGGCGGUUUAAAGCCGUUAGGGCUUUCGUUACAGAGUGUUGAUCUUUCGUAUAAUAAAAUAUCCGGUUCGGAGUUUGUACCUUGGUUGUUAUCCGACGGUUGUGGUGAGCUGGUGGUGUUUAAUGUUUCUGGUAAUAAUAUUUCCGGUACGGUACCGGAGAGUUUGAAAGGUUGUUCGUUGCUAGAAGUGUUUGAUAUUUCUCAUAAUAAUUUCACCGGUGAGUUACCGGUGGAUAUAUUAUUGAGCUUGAGUGGGUUGAAGAGCUUGGGGUUAGGGUUUAACAAUUUUAAAGGUACGUUGCCGGAUUCGUUGUCCGGGGUACCGAAUCUGGAGCGGUUCGACGUGAGUUCGAACGAGAUUUCCGGUGUUAUACCAGCUGGAAUUUGUGGUUCUGGUUCUGGUUCGGGUUCUAAGUUGAAGGUGUUGUACCUUCAGAACAACCGGCUUUCGGGUUCAAUUCCUUCAUCUCUUGGUAAUUGUUCUGAAUUGGUUUCACUUGAUUUGAGUUUCAACACUCUAGAUGGAAACAUCCCGAAAAGUUUCAAAAACUUGUCAAAACUACAAGAUUUGAUUAUAUGGAUGAAUUUGUUAUCCGGUGAAAUACCUGAGGAACUUAGGUUCCUUUCGAAUCUCGAAAAUUUAAUUCUGGAUUUCAAUUAUUUAACCGGUUCAAUCCCUGCUAGUUUAAGCAAUUGCUCCAAUUUGAAUUGGAUUUCACUUUCCAACAACAAAUUGGGGGGCGAAAUUCCGGCCGCCCUUGGGGGUUUAUCUAAUCUUGCUAUUCUUAAGCUUGGGAACAACUCAUUUUCGGGCGAGAUUCCGCCGGAGCUUGGGGAUUGUAAGAGCUUGGUGUGGUUGGAUUUAAAUACCAAUCAGUUAAGUGGGACUAUCCCGCCUGAUCUUUUCAAGCAAUCUGGAUUCAUUGCUGAUGCGUAUCUGACCGGAAAACCGUAUCUGUACAUCAAGAAUGAUGGGAGUAAGCAAUGUCAUGGUGCCGGGAAUUUACUCGAAUUUGGGGGAAUCCGGCAGGGGGAUUUGGACCGGAUUUCGUCUAGACAUCCAUGUAAUUUCACUAGAGUGUAUUUGGGAAUCACUCAGCCGAAUUUCAAUCACAAUGGGUCGAUGAUCUUCUUUGAUCUUUCGUACAAUAAACUGGAGGGUGGGAUUCCGAAGGAACUCGGGUCAAUGUACUAUCUCAACAUAUUGAAUUUGGGUCACAAUGAUCUAACCGGACCGAUUCCUGAUGAACUUAGUGGGUUAAAAAAUUUAGCCAUUCUUGAUUUAUCGCAUAACAGACUCAAUGGCUCGAUUCCGAAUUCGUUAACCACUCUUGGUCUUGGAGAUGCUGAUCUCUCCUACAACAAUUUGUCGGGUGCUAUUCCGAUAUCCGCCCCGUUCGACACAUUUCCGGCAGACAGAUUUUCGAAUAACUCCGGGCUAUGUGGUUAUCCACUAGGUAAAUGCGAGCCAGAUAAAGAUGAUAAAUCGAAUGGUCACCGGAAGUCCAACAAACACGAAGCAUCACUAGCCGGGAGCGUAGCAAUGGGAUUGUUAUUCUCGCUAUUUUGCAUAUUUGGAGUGAUUGUAAUCUUGGUGGAGAUGAGGAAAAGGAGGCGGAAGAAGGCUGCCGCCGCUCUUGAAGCGUACACUGACGGUGGUGGCAAUUCGUACUCUGGCGGUGACCGUGCUAACGCUAGCACUGCGUGGAAACUAACUACCACUCGCGAGGCGUUAAGCAUAAACCUAGCCGCUUUUGAAAAGCCGUUAAGAAAACUCACAUUCGCGGAUCUCCUCGAAGCAACAAACGGGUUCGACAACAACAGUCUAAUUGGAUCAGGCGGUUUCGGCGAUGUUUACCGGGCUCAACUAAAAGAUAAUACCGUCGUUGCGAUCAAGAAACUAAUUCACGUUAGCGGGCAGGGUGAUCGCGAGUUCACAGCCGAAAUGGAGACCAUUGGGAAGAUCAAGCAUCGGAACCUCGUCCCGUUGCUCGGAUACUGCAAGGUUGGAGACGAACGGCUACUCGUUUACGAAUACAUGAAGUUCGGAAGCUUAGAAGACGUGUUACAUGACCGAAAGAAAACCGGGAUCAAGUUAAGCUGGGCCAAACGAAGAAAGAUCGCUAUCGGGUCAGCUCGCGGGCUAGCCUUUCUACAUCACAACUGCAUUCCCCACAUCAUUCACCGCGAUAUGAAGUCAAGCAACGUCCUACUAGACGAAAACCUCGAAGCUCGGGUGUCAGAUUUUGGAAUGGCCCGACACAUGAGUGCAAUGGACACUCAUCUAAGUGUGAGCACAUUAGCCGGCACACCAGGGUACGUCCCACCGGAGUAUUACCAAAGUUUCAGAUGCUCUACAAAGGGUGAUGUCUACAGUUACGGUGUUGUACUGCUGGAGCUUCUAACCGGAAAACAACCAACCGACUCACCAGAUUUCGGGGACAACAAUCUCGUCGGGUGGGUGAAACUACAUGCGAAAACAUGCAUUACUGACGUGUUUGAUCCGGAACUACUGAACGAAGAUCCGACGUUAAAGGUGGAGCUGUUACAACAUCUCAAAGUGGCGUGUGCGUGUCUAGACGAUAGGCCAUGGAAGCGGCCGACGAUGAUUCAGGUGAUGGCAAUGUUCAAGGAGAUUCAAGCAGGGUCAGGGCUGGACUCAACAUCCACCAUAGCCAACGGCGAGGCGCAUUUUAGUACGGUUGAAGAGGUGGAGAUGACCAUAAAAGAAGACAGUGAACAAAGCAAACACUGAUGUAGUAGGCGAGUUGAUGUUACUUUCAAGUGUAUGGCUUUCUUUCUGUAUUUUGUAUGUAUUAUUAUUAUUAGUCUUUGGGGGUAAUCUUGUCAUUAUACAUAAAAACAAGUCGAUCAAUUUUCAUGUAUAUAUUUACAUAAUAGCUUCCAGAGCCUUAUGUUUUCCUUGUU